ACAAAAGCAAUCAGAUUUUGCUCGUUUAAUUAAAUGCAUUGGGAUGGUAUUUUGUAAUGGGUGCUGUGUUGAUUCUGAAGUGGAGGGUGACAGACUGGAGUCUCUCCAGCAUAUACAGAUACCAAAAUAGGAGCUCGACAUUCUGUUGCGGCUGAGGCUAAAUUCAGGGGCCACAUGUCUGAACUGUCCGUGAAGACGCACUGCUGGGAAUAAACUUCUAAGCGACGCAUACAAAAUAAAUUAAAAAAACGAGCUGUGACAAUCGAUAAGGAGUUGCAAUGUCAGGAAAGGUUCAAAGCAGUUACUCCUAUGAGUUCUGCGAUGCCACUCACUCAUCAGAGGUGCUGGAUGCUCUCCAUGACUUUCAAACCAGAGGUCUGUUCACAGACAUCACCCUGCAGUGUUCUUCUGGAGAGGUCUUCCACUGUCACAAGGCUGUCCUAUCAGCCCGAAGCUCCUACUUCAGAGUCAUGUUCACUUUAGACAUGAGGGAGCGUAUAAAAGACAUCAUCAACCUACCUUGCAUAGACGGCGAGAUUCUAGGUGCCUUGGUGAACUACGUCUACACUUCGAAGGUCAGCAUAACCCAAAGCAAUGUUCAAAGUCUUUUGGAGACUGCAGACUUGUUGCAGUUUAGCUCCCUCAAGAACGCAUGCGAAAACUUUUUGAUGCGGGUGUUGGAUGUUGAUAAUUGCAUUGGGAUGCAGUCAUUCGCCGAGCUUCAUGUUUGCCCUGCUUUGGAACGUGAAGCUAGGAGGGUCAUACUCGGGCGCUUUGAGGAGCUCAAACAUCAAGAGGAGUUUCUAGAGAUGGACCUCCAAAAGCUCAUGGUGAUAUUAGCAACGGAGAACCUCAAUAUUCGGAAAGAUGAGACCCUAUUGGAGGCAGUGGUGAGGUGGGUCGCACAUGACACUGUGACUCGAAUAGACCAUCUUCCAGAGCUUCUUAGCUGCAUUGACCUCCAGGUGGAUGACCUUUACCUCGUAACUGCUUUAGGUCUACACAGACGUUGCUCUGAAAGCAAACUGCUAUCUCUAAUUCUCAGCUCUUUAAAGCCAAGCAAAGGUUUCUCCCAAUGCUGCAAGAAACUAACUUGCAGCUUGUAUGUUAUAGGUGGAUACUACUGGCAUCCUCUGUGUGAAGUCCACAUAUGGGACCCCAUUUCAAACACAUGGGUGCAGGGGAAAGACAUGCCGGACUUUGCAAGAGAAAGUUAUAGCGUUGUACUCCUGGGUCCUACUAUAUAUGUAACUGGAGGGUAUAGGACAGAAACAGUGGAUGCCUUGGACACUGUAUGGAUAUACAACACAGACUCAGAUGAAUGGACAAAAGGAUGUCCCAUGAAUACUGCCAGAUAUUACCACUGCUCUGUGGCUUUACAUGGGGGUAUAUAUGUCAUAGGUGGAUACACAGGGGGCGCUCCAACACGAGAAACGGAAUUCUUUGACCCUUUGAAAAAGACAUGGUUGCCUGUGGCAGAGAUGAUACAAGGUGUGGGAAAUGCUACAGCUUGUGUGGUGAAUGACAGAAUCUACGUAACAGGGGGGCAUUAUGGGUACAAAGGAAGCUGCACUUAUGAGAAGAUUCAGACAUACAGGGCAGAUAUCAAUGAGUGGAGCAUCGCAACUAUUAGUCCACAUCCUGAGUAUGGCCUUUGCUCCGUCUCAUUAAACAAUAAGCUCUAUCUGGUCGGCGGUCAGACCACCAUCACAGACUGCUACAGCCCAGAGCAGGAUGAAUGGAGACAGAUGUCUGUGAUGAAGGAGAGGAGGAUGGAGUGUGGAGCUGCUGUAAUAAAUGGAUGUAUCUAUGUGGCAGGUGGAUAUUCAUACUCAAAGGGGACAUACCUGCAGUGUAUAGAGAGAUAUGACCCUGAAAUAGACUGCUGGGAGAUAGUAGGCAACCUCCCAUCACCUGCUCGCUCACACGGCUGUGUUUGUGUUUUCGGUCUGUGAAACCCUUCAAGGGAUAGUGAAAAUUCAGUCAUUCUUUAAUCUAAACCUAAAGUUGUUCCAAACUAGUAUGAAUUUCAAUCUUUUUGGGUGAGCUAUUCCUUUAAAUGCAAAAUGUGAUGUCACUGGAAUGUGUGAGAAACGGUUUGUCUGUGCUGAAAGAUAAAGGGCUAUUACUAAAUAUGUUCCUCAUAGCACAGCAGAUUACAGCACUUCACAUUUUGCACAAUGGUCUGCACUUAUAUAGCACCUUUUUAACCUUAACAGUUAACAAAGUGCUCUGUGUCCCAUUCACCCACACACAGAAAGAUCCCCCAUUUAUGUCCUUAACAGACUGUAGCAAUGCUGUUAGCAAGCACCUACUGUAUGAAGGCCACAAACAGUACACAAGGGGGUUGGUGGCCAGCACCACACCCAACCACCUUUGUUUCACACAAUGUUUCCCACACCACACCAGGUACUCAUUUUAGGCUGAGUCAACCUAGGGGAGGCCAAGGACCAGUUCUGAUAAUCAUCACUGGUGUUGGCCAUGAGCAGGAAUCAAACUGUGGUCGCCAGGUUUGUAGCGCAGCGCGCUAACCGCUACACUACCCAUUUAUUGGCUCCCACACACCAAUGUUUUUUUUGCACAAUGACUCGGUAGAGAAUAUACACCAUAAUCAGAGUUCUGAAUCUUGCUAAACUAUAUUGGUAACUGUAUUGACUAUUAAUUCUUUCUCAACUGUGUUGAUAUAACUGUAUUGAUAUUUCUAUACAUUAUUUAAAGUUAUUGUAUCUUAUUUGUAUCUUUAAUAUACGUCAAACUGUAUGUUUAAUGUUUUUAUAUUUAUAUUGAUUAUUGUUUGCUAAUCUGCUUACACUCAAACAUAU